AUGCGUGUGUGUCUUCAAGCGCUCACUCCUCCGCCUCUUUUCCUCACCCCCUCCUCUUGACAGACCGCAGCCCGUUAGAUCUGACUAGAGUGCGUUGUUCAUUGUCCAUUAACGCAGCAGCGGACAGCUUCCACCCUCACACGGAUACACAACCAUUUCUUCUCCCCCAUCGCCUUUCCCGUCAGUUACCAUGGCGAGCACAGUAUCAGCCUACACAGAGAAGAUCAAGGAAAUGUCCAUGAUGUCUCUCAUCUGCUCCUGCCUAUACCCCCAGACAUCAUACCCCACCACCAACUACCAAUUUGGAGACCUGGAGGUGAAGCCCAUCAACAAGCGACUGUCGGGCCAGUCCUUUGAGGUGAUCCUGAAGUCCCCCACCGACCUGUCCCCAGACAGGCCCAGUCCCCUUGCCUCUCCCCCCGCCCUGACCUCGCCCCCCAAGAGGGACAUCUCCCUGGAUGAGCUGCAGGGGAGGCUGGAGGCCGCUGAGGAGAGGAGGAAGUCCCAGGAGGCUCAGGUGCUGAGGCAUUUGGCUGAGCGGAGGGAGCAUGAGAAGGAGGUGCUGCACAAGGCCAUGGAAGAGAACAACAACUUCAGCAAGAUGGCGGAAGAGAAGCUCAACUCCAAAAUGGAGGCGAAGAAAGCGAACCGGGAGGCAUACCUGAACUCACUGAAGCAGCGGCUCCGUGAGAAGGAGAUGCAUGCAGCCGAAGUGCGCCGGAACAAGGAGCUGCAAGCAGACCUUUCUGGUUAAGAAGGCUUUACUGAAAGGAAUUCCCAUUUCCCAGCUUAUGUGAAGUGUGUUUUUAGCGAGGAGUUUUUGUGUCAAAAAUCAUAAUUCUGCAUCCUGCAAUCUCAACUGUCAUUCAAUAGGGAACAAGUUUACCUGCAAGAUAUCACAACUGUCAUAGCUCUUCAUCUCUCUACACAUCCCUACAGUAUGACAUUUUUUUCUCACUAAAACAUCAACACCACCAGCAUUUCAAACAGUAGAUAUUAACAUUUCUAAAUGGUUGGAAUACAUUCUAAUGGCUGGAAUUUCAAAUGUGCUGCGCACGCCCACACACCCAUGCACAGACACAAACAUACAUACAAUUCACACACAUAUAAACUCAAACACUGACAUGCAUCGCUUUUUACAUAAAUGGCAUGGAUUGUUGAAGGGGAGUCUGUCUUGAUCUAAUUGUGUAUUAGACUAAUAAAAUGUGAGUGUACUGGAUGUUGUCAAUGUUCUUUUGGGUGUAAGACAUAAGGUACUGAAAGGUAACUAGCCCUCUCCCCUAAGAACAAUGUCUUAUUGCUGACACAAAAAAAGCUACGUUUGGAAAGAAAUUGUUAUGUGGAUGAAGGACAUGCUUAGGCAAAUAAACUAUAAAGGGAAAUAAAUGGC